UGUAGUGAGAGUAGAGCGGCCGAAUGAGAUUUGUCGGUGUCCCGGCUGUGGGAGGAGGUGGGGAUGUGUUGUGUGUGAGCUGGCCUUUGUGGAUGUGAUCGGAUCACCUCUGACAAGUCUACAGGCGGAUCUCCUCCUCCAGCAUGGGGAUUCCUCCUGGGCGCUGACACUCGGCUGGUCCGGUGUGUACGGAGGAGGACACGGGGGUGUGUGCGAUCCCGGAUUGUGUGAUCAUUGGAGGAGGUCACCUGUACAGGAGAGCAGCGUCCAUACAUUGCCAUUCAUCAGACCCAUGUGGACGGCUCAGCGGGGGAUCUACCCGGGGUCGGGGAUCGGAGGGAUCUAGCUGGGAUUGGGGAUCGGAGGGAUCUACCCGGCAUCGGAGGGAUCUAGCUGGGAUCGGAGGGAUCUAGCUGGGAUCGGAGGGAUCUACCCGGGAUCGGUGAUCGGAGGGAUCUAGCUGGGAUCAGAGGGAUCUACCCGGGAUCGGUGAUUGGAGGGAUCUAGCUGGGAUUGGGGAUCGGAGGGAUCUACCCGGGAUCGGAGGGAUCUAGCUGGGAUCGGUGAUUGGAGGGAUCUAGCUGGGAUCAGAGGGAUCUACCCGGGAUCGGUGAUUGGAGGGAUCUAGCUGGGAUCGGAGGGAUCUAGCUGGGAUCAGUGAUCGGAGGGAUCUAGCUGGGAUCGGUGAUCGGGACUGAUGAGUGUUGCACGGUGUGAGUGAUCGGCUGCCCCUGGCAGGAGGUGGCAUGAUGGCCAUAGACCAGGAUCGGGAGAGUGGUUGGAUGAGAGAGCCGGAGGCCGAGGAGAAUGGCUCAGUACUGCCCGCUUCCAGCACUGCGAUGCCCACAUCCUCAGAGGAGAUGUCCGCCGCCCCCGCUUCUUCCCCCGCACACCCGGGCUCCCGCUACAACCCUCUACUGCUGGACUUUGAUGGCUCGGUGCUGCCCUUCCUGGGGGGGCUGGGCACCUUCAACAAGCGCCUGGUACUGCUCACCUGGAUCCCGGCUCUGUUCCUUAGCUUCAGCCAGUUCUCAGACUUCUUCCUCCUGGACAUUCCGGAUAAAUGGUGCAAGACUAAUGGCACCAUGGCGAUGAUGAACACUGCCCAUGACAGCCACCUGCGCCUGGGUAAUGCCACCACCACCCGUGCCCCAGAGGUCAUGCUUCUACUGCCACCCCCACAGCUGCCCACCACACCACCCCCUAUGGUUAGAACACUGCCCCCCAACAAUGACUCCUGCCUGUGCCACCAAUGGAACUAUCAAAUCCAUGCUGGCCUAGUCCAAAAUGUAGUGAGCAAGUGGGAUCUGGUCUGUGACUCUUCAUGGAAAGUCCAUAUAGCUAAAUUCUCACUGGUCGUUGGGUUGAUAUUUGGUUACUUGAUUACAGGAUGUAUUGCUGACUGGAUCGGCCGACGUCUUGUGCUGCUGUUUUCUGUAAUCUUCAACCUCAUUUUUGGACUUUCUGUGGCUCUCUCUGUCAAUGUGACCAUGUUCAGCACGCUCAGGUUUUUUGAAGGAUUCUGUCUUGCUGGGAUUUUCCUCUGCUUGUAUGCAUUGAGAAUAGAACUGUGCCCUCCUGGCCACAGAUUCAUGAUCACAAUGGUGGCCAGUUUCAUUGGAAUGGCCGGGCAGUUCCUUUUGCCAGGGUUGGCAGCUCUCUGCAGAGACUGGCAGAUCCUCCAGGCUGUCAUCAUCUGCCCUUUUGUCUUGAUGCUCUCCUACUGGUACAUCUUUCCGGAGUCACUGAGAUGGCAGAUGGCUACAAUGCAGUUUGAAGCUUCUAAGAAGCAAAUUCUUCAGAUCCUUCACAGAAACAGAGUGAACACAGAAAGCGACAUUAAAGGAGUGAUGCCAGAAUUGGAGAGAGAGCUACUGAUAAGACCAAAAAAAGUUUGCAUUGUGAAAGUGGUGGGAACAAGGAAUUUGUGGAAGAAUAUUCUUGUUCUCUGUGUGAAUUCGCUGACUGGAUACGGGAUACACCACUGUUUUGCCAAAAGUCUUAUGGACCCUGAAGUCAACAUGAACACAAGCAUCAUGCACAACUUCUACGCCAACUAUUUUGCUAUGGCAGGAAUUACACUCGCAUCAUGCCUGGCAAUGUGCCCCGUUGUUGGAUUUUUAGGAAGGAGAGGGGGAUUGCUUCUAUUCAUGAUUUUAACUGCCCUUGCGUCUCUUCUUCAGCUAGGACUUCUGAAUUUGAUUGGAAAAUAUACGCAACGUCCUGAUACAGGUAUGAGUGAAACUGUGAAAAAUAAAUUCUCUAUCGUAUUCUCAAUCAUUGGCAUGUUUUCGUCUCAUGCUGUUGGAAGUUUAAGCGUCUUUUUCUGCGCGGAAAUCACCCCCACAGUAAUCAGGGGUGGUGGCCUUGGACUGGUUCUAGCCAGUGCUGGUUUUGGAAUGUUAACAGCCCCGAUCAUGGAGCUUCAUAAUCAGAAGGGAUACUUCUUACAUCAUGUCAUCUUUGCCUGUUGCACAUUGAUCUGUAUAAUUUGCAUUCUUCUGCUGCCCGAGAGUAAAAACCAAAAUCUACCAGAGAAUAUCCCUGAUGGAGAGCAUUACACUCGACAGCCUCUCCUACCUCACAAGAAAGGAGAGCAGCCCCUCUUGCUAACAAACUCAGAACUCAAGGACUACUCUGGCCUGCAUGACUCUGUAGCCAUGGGAGAUGGAGUCUCUGAAAACACAACCGUCAACGGCAUCAAGUCAGCAUAGCUGGACAUGUCUCGUGAAAGAACAUCAUCUAUUUAUUAUUUGUUUCCCCUUUGCACAGGUCUUACAGGCCAACCACAGGAUUGUCUGACACUGGGGCACCCUCCUACGUGGCUGCUAAACCUUGUUAACCUAAAGAAAAAAAACCACCAAGAGGAAAUGGUUUCCAGCAAAUUUCAGAAAAAAAAAACUACAUUUCCUUUGUCAACAAAUGUUCUACCCUUUUCCAUCAAUAUAGUUGUGUUUUGUGUCACUCCAGUCGGUCACAAGAUAAACAUGUGUCUACUGCAACCAUUCUUGAGCAAAAUAAUCUGAAUAAUUGGCAAUACCCUUCAUUUUUUAGGAUCCCAUCCUACAUCUUCCAAUUUGUAUUUCUUUCUCUUUUAACAAAUGCAGAAAUUGCCCACAUAGCAUUAAAAAAAAAAAAGUACUGCGACUCAUUGGUUGUUGUGCAGGGGUUGGUCUCAGUUUCAAGCGUCCAUAAAUACUUUUAGCUGGAAAUAAUCUGGCACAAUGAAGGGGCAACUUGUCUAAGCUCUAGUAGGUUCUGCCCACUAGUGGUUUAAAAAAAAAAAGACUUUUUGCACAAAGUGUGAAGGACAUUUACACUGUACGUAAACAAGUGUGAAGCGAAGACUGAGUGAAUGGACUCCAGUUCAGUUUUUUUUUUUUUCUAAAAUACUUGAGCAAUACAGACCAAUUGGGAAAUGAAGCAAAUACCACUACCUUGAAAGAAGUCUGUCGACUGCUGUAUGUUCCUCCUGUGACAUGCAGCUGCGACCGAGCACACCUAACCCCUCAGGUUUCACGUUUUGACGUUGAAGACAUUUGGGAGAAUGCUUUUAGAGAUGUGCGGUAAAUAUGUGCCAAAUUCUGCAGAAUCCUUCCCUCCUUGUAUGAGCAGAACGUUACCUGCUAAUUGUAGCCAGGAUCUGGUUUUCAUCAACAAGAACAUGAUUACACCAAUACUUGUGUGAUGCUUUAGCUGUCCUGAUUCCCAGGUAAAUCAUGCAAAUUGGCAUUAGUGACUGCCACAAGGUUAUUUGGUCUCUGGAAUCCCACUUGACAUGUAGCAGAUUUUUAGCCCUACCACCAGAGUUCACGAAAGUUGGAUUACAUGGACAAUAUUGUUUAUAUCGGAGAAUGUGAAAUUUUGCAUUGAAAAGUUGGGGAUCUUUAAAAUGUACCUUAAACAGUUAACUGAUUUUUUUCGUCAAAAUGCUUGGGUUUCAGGAUUCGAUGUAGGGAGCCUUAUUGACUAAUCCAAAGAUCACUAAGCCCUCUCGCUCCCAAUUCAAGAUUGGGUAUUGAUAUAAUACAAUACUGGUUUAUAGGCAAUUGCUACUGGAAGUAGUAGUGCAGAUACUGUACAAAACAAUGCACCUGCAAGGUAAAUCCAAUCUAUAGCACGGUGCAGAGGAAUAACAUGUUAAUGUUUUUUUGGUUACUGGUCAAGCUGUUAAAGACAGCAUUACAAGAUUAAAAAAAAGCAGCAUUACAAGAUUUAAAAAAAAAGCAAAAACAUUUUUUAGCCGUAAAAAAAAAGGAAAAAGAAUUCCAACUGCCAAGGUUAGAGUAGUAAACCAGUUUUCCUUAAACUUGGCCUUCAGAAAGGCAUAAAGGUACAGAAUAACCUCCAUGGAAGUGUAGUAAUUGUAAACUGUUACAUUUAGUGCUUUCUAGUUGAAUACUGUUAAUUAUAUAAUAAUGUGAACAAUGCUUUUUGGUGACUAUUUUGACGCAUCAUGAGAAAGAUCAGAAAAAAAAAAAAUCUUUAAACAAAAACAAAUCAACCUUUGGCCGGUUUAGUUUUGUGAAUUGGAGGGAGGGAUGUCGGGGGUUUGUACAAAUUGAAAUUCAAUGUUAGUAUUUUAAUAAGUGUUUCUAAAUGUUGUAGAGCCAAAAUCAUGGGUUCACCAAACUGGAAGAAGUGCCAUUAAAUGAACUGUUAAGUGUUGACCACUUUACCGUUGGGAUGACUUAAAGUGCACUGCAUCCUCUCUUACAAAAAAAAUACAAGACAAAAAAAAAGAUAGGGAUACGAUGCACCUUAUAAAACUAAUGUGUUCUGAAGUGUACUGUGAGUGGUUUUUGGAGGAAAUUAGCCUAUUUUAGACUAGGUGUUUAAAACACCAUUCCAACCCAUUUGUUUUCAGUCAUGAAAGUGGUAACUUUUAAUGUCCUCUUUGUAUAGUAUCCUUGAAACAAUUGUUCAUUUAUUGUGAGCAUUGUACUGUAGACUCUUUAAACCACUAAUAUUAAUCCUGCUAUCAUGUUCAUCACUUUAAGAGCCAAUGCAAUAGUUUGAACUGGCCAGCCAUACAAAGCUACUGCACCAGUUGAUUUAUUUUUUUAAGACAACACUAAUUGUACACCUCCAGGCACAUGCUAUCAUUACACAAGGGACAAUAAUUGUGUGUUUUUUAUUAUUAUUUUUUGCACUAACGUGAUACGUAACCAUACAAACAAUGUUAUAGGUUAUUGCUAAAGGAUACUUGGCUGCAACUCAAUGCUUUUUGAGAUCUGUGAAACCUUAAUAAACUAUAGUACACAGAUUGAUUUAAAAAUCUGGAUGUAUUUAUAAGUAAUUUCAUCUCCUGCUGUUUGGGUUUGCAAAAAAAAUAUAUAUAUUUUUUGUAAUAGUAUCCCUAUAAUAUAAGAGAACCUACAUUUUUUUCCCCUGUGUUUUAGGACAACAAAAUCAUUUUAUUUUUUUGUUUCAAUUCAGGAGUCGUUUUGGUGGUACACAUCCAUAGCACAAGCUUUCAAAUGGAAUACUGAUAAAAAUGUCUUACAAAACUAAAUGUGUGCAUGUCACCUGGUUGUAUCAGCGCAAAAUUAUUUGUACUGUAUGUGUACAGAAAUAAAAACAUACAAAACUACA